CUCCCGCGAGGAAUGGCGGUAACGGCGAGAGGAGCCGGAGUUUGAAGAAGUGGCACUCCCCGGGCGCUUGUGAACUUAGGAGAGUACGAACAAUGGCUGACAACAGUGUACUAACAUGUGCUGGGAGGACCAGCUUGGCAGACUCUUCCAUUUUUGAUUCUAAAGUUACUGAAGCUUCUAAGGAAAACUUACUUAGUGGACCUACUUUGUAUGUUGAAGAAGAAAUGCCUCAGGUUGAAACAAGAGUGGUAUUGGUUCAAGAAGCUGGAAAACAAGAAGAACUUAUAAAGGCCUUAAAGGAAAUUAAAGUGCCCUUUGUAAAGAUGGAAUCAGUAGAAGAAUAUGAAAGUUUGGAUUCUCCAGAAUUUGAAAAUGUAUUUAUAGUCAUGGACUUCCAGGAUCCUGUCUUUACUGAGUUAUACAAGACUGAUUGUAGAGUUAUUGGACCACCAGUAGUAUUAAACUGUGCACAAAAAGGAGAGCCUUUGCCGUUUUCAUGUCGUCCACUCUAUUGUACAAGCAUGAUGAAUUUAGUACUAUGCUUUACUGGAUUCAGGAAGAAAGAAGAACUAGUCAGAUUGGUGACAUUGGUCCAUCACAUGGGUGGAGUUAUUCGAAAAGACUUUAAUUCCAAAGUAACACAUUUGGUGGCAAAUUGUACACAAGGAGAAAAAUUCAGGAUUGCUGUGAGCCUGGGUACUCCAAUUAUGAAGCCAGAAUGGAUUUAUAAAGCUUGGGAAAGGCGGAAUGAACAGGAUUUCUGUGCAUCAGCUGAUGACUUUAGAAAUGAAUUUAAAGUUCCUCCAUUUCAAGAUUGCAUUUUAAGUUUCCUGGGAUUUUCAGAUGAAGAGAAAACCAAUAUGGAAGAAAUGACUGAAAUGCAAGGAGGUAGCUAUUUACAGGUUGGAGAUGAAAGGUGCACUCACCUUAUAGUUGAAGAGAAUACAGUAAAAGAACUUCCAUUUGAACCUUCAAAGAAACUUUAUGUUGUCAAGCAAGAGUGGUUCUGGGGAAGCAUUCAAAUGGAUGCCCGAGCUGGAGAAACUAUGUAUUUAUAUGAAAAGGCUAAUACACCUGAGCUCAAGAAAUCAGUGUCACUGCUUUCUCUAAGUACUCCAAACAGCAAUCGCAAAAGACGUCGUUUAAAAGAGACGCUUGCUCAGCUUUCACGAGAGACAGACCUGUCACCUUUCCCUCCCCGUAAGCGCCCAUCAGCUGAACAUUCCCUUUCUAUAGGGUCACUUCUAGAUAUCUCCAACACACCAGAGUCUAGCAUUAACUAUGGAGAAACACCAAAGUCUUGUACUAAGUCUUCUAAAAAUUCCACUCCGGUUCCUUCAAAGCAGUCAGCCAGGUGGCAAGUUGCAAAAGAACUCUAUCAGACUGAAAGUAAUUAUGUAAAUAUAUUGGCCACAAUUAUUCAGUUAUUUCAGGUACCUUUGGAAGAAGAAGGACAACGUGGUGGGCCUAUACUUGCACCAGAAGAGAUUAAGACUAUUUUUGGUAGUAUCCCAGAUAUUUUUGAUGUGCACACUAAGAUAAAGGAUGAUCUUGAAGACCUUAUUGUUAAUUGGGAUGAAAGCAAAAGCAUUGGUGACAUCUUUCUUAAAUAUUCAAAAGAUUUGGUAAAAACCUACCCUCCCUUUGUUAAUUUCUUUGAAAUGAGCAAGGAAACAAUUAUUAAAUGUGAAAAACAGAAGCCAAGAUUUCAUGCUUUUCUGAAGAUCAACCAAGCUAAACCAGAAUGUGGACGGCAAAGCCUUGUUGAACUUCUCAUCCGACCAGUACAGAGGUUACCUAGUGUUGCGUUACUUUUAAAUGAUCUUAAGAAACAUACAGCUGAAGAAAAUCCUGACAAAAGCACUCUAGAAAAAGCUAUUGGAUCACUAAAGGAAGUAAUGACGCAUAUUAAUGAGGAUAAGAGAAAAACCGAAGCGCAAAAGCAGAUUUUUGAUGUUGUUUAUGAAGUAGAUGGAUGCCCAGCUAAUCUUUUAUCUUCUCACCGAAGCUUAAUCCAACGAGUUGAAACAAUUUCUCUAGGUGAGCACCCUUGUGACAGAGGAGAACAAGUAACCCUCUUUCUCUUCAAUGACUGCCUGGAGAUAGCAAGGAAACGCCACAAAGUUAUUGGCACUUUUAGGAGUCCUCAUGGCCAGACCCGACCCCCAGCUUCUCUUAAGCAUAUUCAUCUAAUGCCUCUUUCUCAAAUUAAGAAAGUGCUGGACAUAAGAGAGACAGAAGAUUGCCAUAAUGCUUUUGCCUUGCUCGUGAGGCCACCAACAGAGCAGGCAAAUGUGCUGCUCAGUUUCCAGAUGACAUCAGAGGAACUUCCAAAAGAGAACUGGCUCAAGAUGCUGUGUCGACAUGUAGCCAACACCAUUUGUAAAGCAGAUGCUGAAAAUCUUAUUUACACUGCUGAUCCAGAAACCUUUGAAGUAAAUACAAAAGAUAUGGACAGUACAUUGAGUAGGGCAUCUAGAGCAAUAAAAAAGACUUCAAAAAGGGUUACAAGAGCAUUCUCUUUCUCCAAAACUCCAAGAAGAGUUCUACGAAGGGCUCUUAUGACAUCCCAAAGUUCAGUGGAGGGAAGAAGUCCUCUCAGCAGUGACAAGCAUGUAAUGAGUCGUAUGUCUAGCACAUCAUCAUUAGCAGGUAUUCCAUCGCCUUCCCUUGUCACCCUUCCUUCCUUCUUUGAAAGGAGAAGUCAUACUUUAAGUAGAUCAACAACUCAUUUGAUAUGAAGCUUAAAAAAAUCUUAAUUUAUAGAAACUUAACACUUCAUACAUAAAUAAGGAACUGACUUAUAUGGUACUUGUCAUUAGCACUUGGUGAAAGCUGGAAAGAAGAUAGAUAACACUACACUAUGCCAGUUGGUUUUCUUCUUGAAAGAGUAAGGUUAACCUCUUACAUUUUUCAAGUUAAUUUAUUAAAAGAUUAUAUUGAUUUUGAUGUAAUUUUUCUCUUUGCCUGAAUCCUUCACUUGAAGACCAAUAUCUUAAGUUAUUCAUGAUACCAGUAGUGCUGCAACCUGACACAUACAGUAAAUAAAUUUCAUUGGUGGAUGCCAAAUAUUGCUGUGGAUUUCUUUGUAUAGUGCCCAUGAAUGAAUUUCGGAAGUAUAUAUUUAUGUAUCUCAAUUUGUGCAGAAAUUAGGUGAUAUCACAGUACUUAAUUAUAUUAAAAACCUGCAUAGAUAACUGAUUAAAUAGUGGGGUCUUGUUUUACAUGUGCUGUUUGAAGUAGUUAACUGCUCCUUUUGCAGUUUAAUUUAUUCUCAAGUGUCUUUAAGAUCUAGUGUGUGGAUUUAAAAAGAUUUGCCCUUAAAAAGAAUAACAGUUAAAGGAGAUUGUUUCAAAAUACUUUUGCAAAUUGAGAUAAGAACAGAAAGAUUAAAAAAACAAUGUAUAUUUUGCACUAACAUGAUAUGGGUGUAUACUUGUAGCUGCUUCAGAGCCUAUAUUUAUGGUGAUUUUUAGCCACUAGCAAAUCUUGAUUUAAUUUGAUAGUGUGUGGGGUUUUUGAAGGAUGACCAUGGGGAAAUUGUAGUAAAGAUUGUUUAUACUCUUUAUGAAAUAACUCUAAAACUGGCAUUAGUUUUAUUAAUCUACUGUCAAAUAUUACAUGGGUAUGUGUAUGGUCAACUUUUUAUUGUCGUCCCAUAUAAAAUGUAAAAUUGAAAUACAUUUAUUUGUGUUGUAAAAUAUUUUUCAAGCCUUGCUAUUCUUUUUCACAAUAGUUUUUUUGUUUGUUUUAUAGUCAGCAAUACAAAAUAAUCAAGUUCUUAUGAAUAAUUUUGUUUUUAUUUCCUACCUGUUUAGGGAUUACUAUAAACAUUUAAUUAUCAUUUAACAGUUCUUGGUUAUGUUCUUAAUAGUUUAACUGACUAUAUAGAUUUUUCUAUACCAUGUAUGUACCACUUUUUUGCUAUAUUUUAAAAGCAGUUGUAUUAGUAAGAACUUUGUAAAUAAAUACUUAAGACCCGAGUGUA